ACAAACGAAAAAGGGAGGUUUGUGAUGAUUUUUCGAUCUUUUCUACUAGGUAAUCUAGUAUCCUUAGGCAUGAAGAUAAUCAAUUCGGUCGUUGUGGUCGGACUCUAUUAUGGAUUUCUGACCACAUUCUCCAUAGGGCCCUCUUAUCUCUUCCUUCUCCGAUCCCAGGUUAUGGAAGAAGGAGAAGAAGGAACCGAGAAGAAGGUAUCAGCAACAACUGGUUUUAUUAUGGGACAGCUCAUGAUGUUCAUAUCGAUCUAUUAUACGCCUCUGCAUCUAGCAUUGGGUAGACCUCAUACAAUAACUGUCCUAGCUCUACCCUAUCUUUUGUUUCAUUUCUUCUGGAACAAUCACAAACACUUUUUUGAUUAUGGAUCUACUAGCAGAAAUUCAAUGCGUAAUCUCAGCAUUCAAUGUGUAUUCCUGAAUAAUCUCAUUUUUCAAUUAUUCAACUAUUUCAUUUUACCAAGUUCAACGUUAGCCAGAUUAGUCAACAUUUAUAUGUUUCGAUGCAACAACAAGAUGUUAUUUGUAACAAGUAGUUUUGUUGGUUGGUUAAUUGGUCACAUUUUAUUCAUGAAAUGGGUUGGAUUGGUAUUAGUCUGGAUACAGCAAAAUCAUUCUAUUCGAUCUAAUAAGUACCUUGUCUCAGAAUUGAGAAAUUCUAUGGCUCGAAUUUUUAGUAUUCUCUUCUUUAUUACCUGUGUCUACUAUUUAGGCAGAAUGCCGUCACCUAUUUUUACUAAAAAACUGAAAGAAACCCCAGAAACGAAAGAAAGUGAGGAAGAAACAGAACAGGAAGAAGAGGGAUUCACCGAAGAAGAUCCUUCUCUAUCCCUUUUUUCGGAAGAAAAGGAGGAUCCGGACAAAAUCCAAAUCGAUGAAAUGGAAAAGAUCCGAGUGAAUGGAAAGGACAAAACAAAGGAUGAAUUCCACUUGCACUUAAAAGAAGCAUGCUAUAAAAAUAGCCCAACUUCGUUAGAAAUACUUAAAGAAGAAAAGAAAAACUUCUUCGGGUUUGAAAAAUCCCUUCUUUUUCUUCUUUUCGACUAUAAACGUUGGAAUCGUCCAACGCGAUAUAUAAAAAACAAUCGAUUUGAAAAUGCGGUAAGAAAUGAAAUGUCACAAUAUUUUUUUUAUACAUGUCAAAAUGAUGGAAAACAAAGAAUUUCUUUUACAUAUCCACCCACUUUAUCAAUUUUCUGGGAAAUGAUACAAAGAAAGAUUUCUUUGGAUACAACAGAAAAAUUCUUAUAUGAUGAUGAACUAUCCAAUAAUUGGAUUUCUACAAAUGAACAAAAAAGAAACAGUUUAAGCAAUGAAUUAAAUAAUAGAAUUACGGUUCUAGACAAAGACAUUUUUUAUAUAGAUGUACUCGAUAAAAAAACAAGAUUAUGCUUAGAAAACAAAAUAGUAAAUUAAUAAAAAAAUGGAUACAUAGAAUAAAUACCAAAAAAGAUACGAGGAGAUUCGACCCCCUC